AUGCUUCUCAAACACUUUCUCCUGGGCGCACUUCUUGCCCUGAGCUCCGUCGCUGCACUUCCCAACCCCGAAGCCGACCUUCACGACAUCGAGGCCAGAGAUGACAAGCACCACCGCCCCCGUUGCGGCAAGGACGCCGACCCUGAUCGUAUGAACAAGCAUAAGUGCAUCUGCAAGGACGAGGGCAAAGAAUUCGAUCCAGAACACAAGAAAUGCCGCUGCCCCAAGGACCAGAUGCCGGAUCCUGACGAUCCCCAUAAGUGCGUUUGUAAGGACGAGGGCAAAGAAUUCGAUCCAGAACACAAGAAAUGCCGCUGCCCCAAGGACCAGAGGCCGGAUCGUGACGAUCCCCAUAAGUGCGUUUGUAAGGACCGGGACAAAGAAUUCGAU